ACCAACAAAAACUAUAGUAAGUAAUUAAGAUAUCGAUAGUCUAUAAAUACAAAUACAUGUCAAAAACACUACGUCUUCACUGUUUUAGAAAAGUACCUACAAUGAAGUCGCUGAGUGCCUUUGUUUUUCUUUUGAUCGCUCACGCGGCGCUCUCCACCCCUAUCGAGGAUGAGUUCGAGCUGACCCGUGCUCAGGAGCGGGCGCUGUACCCUCGCUACGUGCAGUUCGGGGAGGCCACAGCCGACCUGGAGGCUCCCGUGGACUACCAGCUAGUGGAGGAGGUCGCCAGGAACCCGAGGAAUACUGCCUACUGGCUGUAUACUAGACGCAACGCCAACCGUUACCAGACGCUGACGAACGGCGACGAGCGAUCUGUCCGCAACUCCAACUUCGACGCGAGCAAGGAGACCGUGGUGGUGGCGCACGGCUGGCUCAGCAACGGGAACACCGAGCCCAACCCUGCCGUCAGGAAAGCAUACCUCAACAAAAAGGACGUGAACAUAAUCGUAGUCGACUGGCGUCGCCUAGCCAUGUCUGACUACGCGACGGCGGCGGCGGGCGUGCCGGCCGUCGGGCAGGGCGUCGGACAGUUCAUCAACUGGCUGCACAACUCCUUCGGCCUCCGCUAUGAGAAUGUCCACAUUGUCGGGUUCUCUCUCGGAGCGCAUAUUGCUGGCAACGCUGGGAGGGCUACUAGAGGAAGAGUCGCUAGAGUCACAGGUCUGGACCCCGCCGGUCCCAUGUGGAACUACAACCGCAACCGUCUUCAACCCACGGACGGGGUCUACGUGGAGGCCAUCCACACGGACGGAGGCUACACCGUCGGCGGUCUCGGCAUCGGCUCUGCCAUCGCUCAGGUGGACUUCUUCCCCAACGGCGGUAUAAGCCAGCCGGGCUGCCUCACCAACAUGUGCAACCACAACCGAGCCUGGGAGCUGUUCGCCGCCACCGUGACCCACAACCACCUGCAGGGGAACCGCUGCUCCAACAGCCUCCAGGUCUCGUGGAACAACUGCCGCGGGACUAGACUCAUGAUGGGCAACUCGGACUUGAGGAAGACUGGAUCCAAAGGCUCUUACAGGCUGGACACGGGCCGCAGGUAUCCUUACUAAG